UUGUUUUUUCCCAACUUUGACAGAUUUCUACACGCAAGGGGGCCAAGAAGCAAAACAAGUUAUAAAUAUAUAUAUAUAUAUAUUUAGAAUAAUAAUAAUAAUAAUAAUAGUAAUAAACAGAAAGUCGUCAUGGAAUACUAAUUAUAAAUAGAGGGCACUAUAGCAAGUAGUAUAGAGAUAAAUAAGUAGUUGUGAAGAGAGAGAGAGAGAGAGAGAGAGAGAGAGAGAGAGAGAGAGAGAGAGAGAGAGAGAGAGAGAGAGAUGGGAAGAGGAAAAGUGGAGCUGAAGAGGAUAGAGAACCCAACAAGCAGGCAAGUGACCUUCUCAAAGAGGAGAAAUGGGCUAUUGAAGAAAGCUUUUGAGCUUUCGUUGCUUUGUGAUGCUGAGGUUGGUCUUAUUGUUUUCUCUCCUUCUGGGAAGCUCUACCAAUAUGCCAGCCAUGACAUGGAGAGUAGCAUUGUGAGAUACAAGAGUGAAAUGGGAUUGCUAGGAUCCGCUGAUGACCAACAUUCUAGAGCCAUAGAGUUCUGGAGGACAAGAAUUGAAGAAAUGAAAAGAUCAACAGAAACCUUGGAAGCAAAUUUGAGGAACUUAGCUGGUGAAGAUUUAUCAACAUUGGGCAUGAAAGAGUUGAAACAGCUUGAGCGUCAGCUUAAGAUUGGGGUUGAACGAGUCCGCUGCAAGAAGAGAAGGAUCCUAUCUGAGCACAUCAACUACCUGAAAAGAAAGCGUCGAGAAUUGCUAGAGGAGAACAAACGGCUUCUGAGAAAAGUUAAGCUAGAUCAACAGAUAGAUGCUGUCAAUUAAUCCAUCCUUAAAAGAGUUGGCAUUCAAUGCAAUCUUCAAAGGUUUCUGAAUUUAGUGGCCAGGAUUCACCACAAGUGUACUAUUGAUAAGAUAUCUCACCAGCCACUUUGUUGAGAUAUAUAUAUUUAUGCUAGCACGUAGUAGUAGUAGUAAUGUUGGAUAUCCAGUAUAAUAAUGAAUAUGAUCUAUGUCUAUAUAAUGUAUAAUGUAUGCUUUCAUGAAUUGUGUGUGUAUAUUAUGCCAUCACCAGACUAUAUAUAUUAAAUAUCUAUGAGAUAUAUAUUAAUUAGUUAUGCUCAUCAAAACUUCAUUUACCGGAGUUCGUUAAUUAAGAAUAUGUAUUAGUACUGCAGAAGUAAAGAAAGUAGAGAGAGUAGUGAAAUGAAUCAGUUCUAUUCUAUUA